GGAUUAUUCUGUAGAUUAUUUUGAUGAUCCCCUUGAACUUGCGCAUGAAUAAUUCAACGAGUUUGCCCCUAAAAUCAAAAUUGUCAAAAGUGACGCCCUUCGUCCUCAAGGCAAGACAUGGAAGAAAAACAACAAGAAGUCAUCAGACAUGUGAAAACAAAUCCUUGUUUGGGCUCUAUUGUGCAAGGAAAAGUGGCACUUCAUUUUAGUAAAUUCUCUUUGAAGUGAUAGAGAAUUCCGAGGAUGUCGGAAGAAAAAGAAGCUUCAGAUCCCGUUCUACCAGUGGAGGAGGCUUCCGAGUCGAACGACGCAUCGGAGAAAGAUGAUCGCAAGGACACUGGUUUUACCUGGCAGGACUAUUUGGAAGUAACAAAUUCUCAAGAAGUUCCCCACCCUUUCUUCCAACAUGUUGAAGCUGGCUUGGAUACUGAACUUGAGAAUGGUAUGAUACUAGAAGUUCCCCGCAAAGAUGAUCCGUCACUAUACUGGCUGGCAAAGGUGGUGCUUGCUUGUGGACCUUUCUCCAGGUUACGGUACUCUGGGGAUGUUGAGGAUCAAACAGCAGACUUCUGGUGUGACUUAACUAAUAGCAAUGCACAACCCAUUGGCUGGUGUGACCAAGAGGGAAAAGUGCUCACUCCACCAGAGUCAAUAGCAAAGCUGAUAGGAGAUGUACAGUCACACAUUGAGGAAGUGAAGAAGACUGCAAAACCAGUACCACCCCACCUUCUGAGUGGAGAGGGAUUUGUGCCCACAGAGCGCAUUAAGGCAGGAAUGAAAGUUGAAGUGCAAGAUGUGGUCAAUCCCUACAGCUUAUGGAUAGCAACUAUUAUUGAGAAUGUUGGUGGCCGCCUGCUCCUCCGGUAUGAUACACCAGAUUCUUCAUCUCCUGAAUUCUGGUUGUACUUCACAUCAUCUCGUAUUUAUCCUAUGGGAUGGUGUAGUGAGAAAGGGGAUCCUUGGGUACUAAGGAGACCAGCUCAUUUCCAAUCCUGUCAUGGUAAGGAAGAAUGGGAAGCUGUGAUUGAAAUGGCCAAGGAAGAUGCCCGGCGCACUCCACUUCCUACAGAUUUCUUUAAGCACUCUGAUGAAAUUCUUCCACAUUCUUUUAUGAUGGGUAUGAAAGUGGAAGCACUUCACCCAAUAGAUCGCACUCAGAUUUUUCCAGCUACAGUCAUGGAAGUUUGGGGCGAUGCUUAUUUUCUUGUUGAAUUAGAUUUUAAAAUUUCCUCACAUGGUGAAGAAGAACCUAGGCUGACAUGGCUGUGUACCUCAAAUCAUCCGUAUAUUUUUCCUACCGGUUGGGCUAAUAAGCAUGGCAUCAAAAUAUCUAAACCUAUUGGCUGGAAAGAUAAUGUUGAAGAUGAAUUUCACUGGGAUGAAUACUUGCAACAAACCAGUGCUGUUGCAGCUCCUGAAAAAUGUUUUCCUCAAAAACCAUGUGCUAAAUAUAAUGGUAUAUUGGCUCACAUGAAAUUAGAAGCAGCCAAUCCACUAGACCAGUCGGAAAUAUGUGUUUCAACUGUUGGACGAACAACUGGUCAUAUUGUUUGGAUCCACUUGGAGAGAAAUGAAAGUGAUCAUCCUCGCCAUGCAGUAUCCUACGAUUCUACCGAUAUUUUCCCUGUUGGUUGGUGUGACAGUAAUUCAUAUCCACUGAAGCCUCCUCUAUAUUAUCAAAUGCCCUCAAGUAGUAGCAAUAGUGUUUUAGGGGAUGAAAGUAAUGACAAAAAAGAUACAGACUCCGGACAACGAAUGAGCAAAUUGUGGUGCCCAAAGAUAUACUUCAAUCAUAGAUGCUUCUCUGGUCCUUUUCUUUCCAAAUGCAAACUUGCUGGUCUGCCUCAAGCAGUCGGGCCUGGACCUGUAAGAUUAGUUAUGCGGGAAGUGUUGUCCAUGUUGAUAUCUGUUGCCUACAAGUCAAGCCGAGUGCUGAAGGAAAUUCAGUGUGACGGGGAUCUUAAACCAGGUGAACAUGUGGAGGUCCUGAAAGCAAAGUUCAAUCAAACAAAUUAUAGAGCCCGAGUUGCAGUUGUUAAUUCUUCUGAUCAGGUAGCAGAAUUUUGUCAAGAUAUCUGCCUCCGUCUAAAGGUCUGUCCAUAUUUAUUUGGGCCAACAAGGGUAGAAGCAGGACGAUGCCCAGAAAAAUGCAAUAUCUCUAAAACCAAGUUUACAUCACAAUAUUGGUCAAAUCGGCAAAAGAAAUCUAAUAGACCAGCAGGGGAUCCACUUCCUGAGCUAGAAAUUGUUGGUCCUAAGAAAAGAAGAGGUCGUAAGAGACGGUUUUCUAGCAUAAAAACACGAAACUCAGCUCCAAAUGCUAACUCCAUUCAAGGUGCAGAAAGUGAUGCAAGUGGGGAUGAUGCAGUGGAGCCUAGCAGCCAGUCAUCAGUUCCUGAAUCAACUCCUCGUCGCCGUGAGAUCGUUACAAGGGGUGCAAAGCAGGCCCUAAAUUCCUCUACCAAUGCUCCAGCUACCCGACAACGACCAGAAAGACGGGGGGUUAAAAGGCAACGAGAAACUGAAUCCACCGACCAGAAGUCUCCUAACAAGAUGACGUUGAAGCAUAUCUCAACCAAACAAAAGACUGUAAAUCAAUUUCCAAGUUACUAAAGAAAGAGGCUUUUGAUGGAGUCUCCUUCAUGUUGCUUAAUCUCCCCACUGCUGUGAAGCAACUCAACCUCAAACCACUCCAAGCUGUCAAUUUGUGCAGGCAUGUUGCACAAAUCAAGUACAUAUUUUUUAAGAGAUUUGUU